CCCUUGUCACAGCGUCAUUGGCUCGGUUUAAGUGGACGGUGGCCCCUUUAAACCUGGAGCUGAAAUAACAAACAAGACUGCUUGGCAAUUUCAUUCACAGACUUUUAGCUUUUCAAACAGAUUAAAAUAAAAGAAAUGGCACAGCCGCUGGCCGGUUCGCAAACCUGACGACCAGCACUGUCGUGUGCUCCUCGGACAGUGAGCGGCCGCGGGCUCGGACCGCUCGGACCUAGCUAACGUUGCGCAGCUGCUCGUAACCGAAGCUAAUCGUCUCUGCGGCGGCUGAUAUCACACAGACGGACGCACGUUGCGUCUGCGGACGGCGGCAGCUGCAUCAGCAGAACACAAGGCUCACGGGUGCAACGGCGACAUGGACAAAGACGAAGCGGACCGGCUGAUCGAGAAGGCGAAGCUGUGUCUGCGCUCGGGACGGAAAGACCGCGCGCUGCAGCUGCUGUACGAAGCGCAGAACAUUUACCCGAGCACCCGGGCCAGAGUGCUGAUAGACGCCAUAGUGAGGAAUGGAGGCACCGCUGCCCCCGAGGCAAACCACGUGCCCCCGCCGUCCGGCUGGAGAGACGAGGACAUCAGGAACAGUGAAGUGAGCGGCGACGAAAAGAAGAGCUACACCGAGGAUCAACGCCAGGGCGUUCUCAGGAUAAAGAAUUGCAAGGACUUUUAUGAAAUCCUUGGUCUUUCCAAAAAUGCAAGCGAUGAGGAUUUGAAGAAGGCGUACAGGAAGUUGGCCCUCAAGUUUCACCCCGACAAGAACUUCGCUCCUGGAGCUACAGACGCUUUCAAAGCAAUAGGUAAUGCAUAUGCAGUACUGAGCAAUCCAGAGAAGAGGCAGCAGUAUGACCAGUACGGAGACCAGUCUGCAGCUUCAAACACACCCCAACAAUCCAGCCACAGUCGGCACGGACACUACCGCAACUUCCACAGAGACUUUGAGGCCGACAUUUCCCCCGAGGAACUCUUCAACAUUUUCUUUGGAGGAAGGUUUCCCACAGGAAAUAUCCACGUGUACACCAACCAGGGAGCCUCCUACUCUCAGUUCUAUCAGCCUCGUCGUCGGCGUGCUUAUGAGAGGCGCGAGGAGGUGGUGGUGGAAGAAAACCAGAGUCAGAACACCUUCACAGCGCUGCUGCAGCUUCUCCCCGUGCUCGUGCUAAUCCUCAUAUCAGUGUUUACUCAGAUGAUGGCCACCACCCCGCCCUACAGUCUCUUCUAUAAGCCGGCCGUGGGGCUGGUGGUGUCCAGGGAGACUCAGCACAUGGGCGUACCGUACUAUGUGGACAAGAGUUUUGAGAAGGAAUACCACGGAGCUGCGCUGGAUGAGCUUGAGAAAACAAUCGAGAGCGACUAUAUUGAACACCUGCAGAGCAGCUGCUGGAAAGAGAAGCAGCAGAAGUCUGACUUGGCAAACCUUGGACAACUGUACCGAGACGAGCGGCUAAAGCAGAAGGCCGAGUCGAUGAGGCUUGACCACUGUGAGAAACUGCAUCGACUGGUUGGCCGUCAGAGAGGCAAAUGAAGACCGUCCUGAGAGCAGAGCGCGUUUCUUUACUGACUUUACAAUCAUGCGUUUUUUCGAAGUGUGUAAUUUAUCCAAUCUGGCCACUUUGUAAAGAAAUCUCUUUGGGUACAGUGCAGUCAGUGGGAGAUUAUGCCACUGGAAACAAUGUGCCUUCUCUCCUGUUUGAUAGUAGAAAAAUAAGAGUUGCAUGUCCGCUGCCCGCCUCGGCUGCGACGGUAGCAGUAUCGCGUGCAAACACUGUGGCGGUGUGUUUGAUGUGUCAGAGCCUUUAAACUUUCUUAUAGAAAUGGCAUGACACAUACCGUGUCUCUCUCUGGGUUCUGAAGGCAGUUAUGUUCACACACGUUUUAUUUGUUUAGGUUUUCUAGUUUAACUCUUUAUUUUUCUUGAAUGUUUUUGUGCCGUCGCUUAAAUCGUAGGUGUAUUUAUUCAAUAGUUAACUGAGUGAAUGUUAUGUGAGCAUCUUGGCUCAUCUUUUUUUUCUAUUGGAACUAAUUAAGAACAUUGGGCCUCGUGCAAGAAGGUUCGUACGGACAGAUUUAUUCUUAAAUUGUGCAUGCGAGUGAUGUAGGAGGACUUGGGGUUUUCUUUUAAAGCACUAACAGAAUUUCUGAGUGAUCCAGACCCGUCGUAUGAGUCACCAAACUCAGUCUGCAGGUGGCAUUCAUCAUGUUUACGCACGUAAUUUACAAACUUUUCUGGAAAAAGAAGCUUUUGGUUAAUCUGACGUGGCCUGUUCGUACGAAACAAAUUUAGGAAAUGUUCUCGCAUGAGGCCCGUUGACUUAAAUAACACUGUUGAGCUUCGAUACUGUGAAAUGACAGAGAACCUUGUUAUUAAUGAUUGAAUAAUGGACUAAUCAGAUAUUAGAAAGGACUGAAACGUUUUCACAAUGGUUCGUCAGGCAGUUUGACCUCUAGAAAUACAGGAGCACACAGUAGAGAAUUACCGCAUUUUUCUGAUUAAUGUGUUUUAUCAUAAAGGGUUUUUCUUGCCAACAAAUUGAGCUUUCAUCGACAGUCGAGCUUCCGAAUUCUCGCACCGCUGCUUCCAUGUGUGUUCGGUUAAUAAGCUUCUGCCAUUCGGGAACGAUUCGUUUGAAGUUUAAGUGUGAGAAAUGACUGUUAUGUGUUUAAGAAGAAAAAAAAGGCACUUUGUCACAAGCAGGGAACUCAGUUCAGCCCCAAAAAAACCACACAGUCCUGCACAGUUUCAUAACACAUGCACAAGCUUAAUUUUGUCCAAGGAAAAAAUGCUUUUCAGCUCAAACUUCUAAAUGUUUUUUUAAAUCCUGCACCUGCUUAUUUAUUCAUAACAUUAUUCAUAUUUAUAUAACAAAAUACAUUGUUUUGAAAUCUAAACGUGAUCAGUAUUAACAGUUGAACUUCUUCCCACAGAUAGGAAACAGAGUUGUGACUUGUCAGGUCUUGUCAUGAGUAGGACACUAACUUUGUGAAUCAAUAUUCUUUUCUUUAACCGGCCCCCUCUGAUUCAAAUCCUAUACAGACAUUGAUACGUGUUGUUGUGCACUAAGAUUACCAAACUGCCUUAGCUGUUCUAAUCUUUGUGAAAGAUUCAGGUUCACCUCAAGCACUUUUAAGUUGAUAUUAAAUCCUGUUUUCCAUAUUAUGUCAGUUGCAUGCAUCGCUGUGAGAGUGUAUUAUUAGUUGCAUUUUAUUUAAUUUUUUUUCUUUCUUUUGGUGAACACACAUCCAUGACUACUGACCCACUAAAUGUUUCUUAGAAUAUUCAGGGCCACACUGUAACUCACAGACAUCUUAAAACUUUUACUGUGAUACUCACAAAUCAGGUUUUGGUAUCAAGUCAGUGUGGUAGUGCACUUCAGCCAAAAAUACCAGAAAAAUUAAAUGUGUAUCAAGAAUUUA